CCUAAGUAGGGGCGACUUUGGGGUCCCUUGGUUAGUUGGGCAUAGGCAGUCCGUCCCCAAGGCAGACUGGGAUUCAUAUAGAAAGUUGCUAAGAGAGUUUGAAGCGUCUUGUACCUGAGGCCGGGGUCAAUGAUCCUAGUGAACCCCAAGCUCAGCUUGUUUCUUGAAAACAAUUCCUUGCAAGAGGAGGUUUCCGGUGGUGAAAGUGGAUGAUAAUCUGGUGACACGUGAGUGGUGGCAGUGACCCGAGCCUCGGCACAGCUGCAGUGUCCCCUCCUGUCCCCAGCACCAUGACACGAGAUGGGCAGUUCAGGGAGGAGCUGGGCUAUGACCGGAUGCCCACACUGGAGCGGGGGCGGCAGGACGUGGGGCGGCAGGAUCCAGGUGGCUUCAGUACCAACACGAAGCCCAAGGACCUCCAGCUGUCGAAGAGAUUGCCCCUGUGCCUCAGCUAUAAGACCUGGGUCUUCUCUGUGCUGAUGGGGAGCUGCCUCCUGGUGACCUCGGGCUUCUCGCUAUACUUGGGCAACGUGUUCCCCUCCGAGAUGGAUUACCUGCGCUGCGCUGCUGGCUCUUGUCUCCCCUCGGCCAUCGUGAGCUUUGCUGUUUCCAGGAGCAACAUCAACUCGAUUCCCAACUUCCAGAUAUUGUUUGUUUCCACAUUUGCCAUCACCACUACCUGCUUGAUCUGGUUUGGGUGCAAACUCAUUCUGAACCCAUCGGCAAUAAAUAUAAACUUCAACCUCAUCCUGCUGCUCCUGCUGGAGCUUCUCAUGGCAGCCACGGUCAUCAUCUCAGCACGCUCAAGCGAGGAGCCCUGCGGGAAGAAGAAGGGCUCUGCUUCUGACAGCACCCAUACUUUGGAUGAAGUGACAUUUCCUGCUCGGGUCCUGAAGUCCUACUCUGUGGUCGAGAUAAUUUCUGGCGUCUCUGCCGUCCUUGGUGGGGUCAUCGCCCUGAAUGUGGAUGACGCUGUCUCAGGUCCACACCUCUCGGUGACCUUCUUUUGGAUUUUGGUGGCCUGUUUUCCGAGCGCCAUCGCCAGUCAUGUGACGGCAGAGUGUCCCAGCAAGUGUCUGGUUGAGGUACUGAUUGCCAUCAGCAGCCUCACGUCCCCAUUGUUGUUCACGGCCUCUGGGUACCUGUCCUUCAGUGUGAUGAGAGUGGUGGAGAUUUUCAAAGACUACCCACCAGCCAUCAAAGCCUAUGACGUGCUGCUGCUGCUGCUGCUGCUUGUGCUGCUUCUGCAGGGUGGCCUCAACACCGGCACGGCCGUGCUGUGUGUCAGCUUCAAGGUCAGCACCAGGCUGCAAGGUGCGUCUUGGGAGGCCCCGGCUGGCCCACAGGAGCGCCCUGCGGGGGAGGUGGCCAGAAGCCCCUUGAAGGAGUUUGACAAGGAGAAAGCCUGGAGAGCCGUUGUGGUACAGAUGGCCCAGUGACUGCAGGAUGGGAAACUGAGUCACGCGUGGUGACCGAUGGGCCCUCAGCACAUCCAACCUCUUGGACCCUGGCAGCCCCACUCUCUAACACAUCCUCCUCCUUCCUUGAGGGUGGCCCCAAUUGCGAGGGGGCCAUGUUUCUUACCAUAGUUUAACUUUGAAAUAGGUGAACAGCAACAGUUCUGUGCCUCGUUGGGCAGAACUCAAGGACUCCUGGUGGUCCCACUGCAUGGACCUCGGCCUGACUUCGUCUGUGCUCCCUGCACCACCUGUGGGGGCACUGCCUGGUUCGGGGCUUUCCCUCUGAGAUGCCCUCCGUAACUUUUCUGCCACAUGGUUUCCCAGGGAUGAGAGUGAGGCGCCUCCACAGGCUGCCACUGCCUUUGCCAACUGAAAUCUACAGCCAGGGUCCUGCCCACUCUUCCUAGGAACUGACACCAGUCUCUGCAAAAGGUCACCUUCCCCUGGCCCUCCAGUGUCCCAGGAUGUCUGCAUGUCUGGGUGGAGCUCGGCACAGUAACAGUUUGGUGUCCUCUGGGGUGGGGCUGAGCUUUGGCCUUUGUGACUGACCACUUGGUGACAAUGACUGCCAAGCCUGAGCCCCUCCCUCCAUGUCUGGCCUGCCCCUGAAGGACAAAGUUCCCUCUGCUGGGGGGCAUUAGCAUCCCUCUCUCCUCCUCCUCACUCACCCGGAGUCCAGCCUGGCCCAGCGUCUCUUGGCGUCCCUUGGCAUGAGGAUGGUGUUCCUGAAGCUCAGGCCCUCGCACACCUCCACAGGGCCGGUCUGUCACCCCCAGCAGCUAUGCUGCAGGGGCAGUUUGGGGUGAUAUCAGCUUUGGAGUUGAUUGGGUACCAUCCCCACAUCCCUGGGAGUCACCUGGAUUCUUCCAGUGAUACAGGCACCAGUAAGUCUGGUGGUCCAGGGGUCCUGGAGAAUGGGGAGACACUAGUGGGUGCUGUCACGGAGCUUGGCUGUGUGAAUGGGCACCCUGUGGGGUGGUGCAAAGGCCUGGGGUGAACCUUUUACAUGAGCCCUUUCGGACCAAAGGACCAGUAGACCUGGGACAUGAAGACAGGCGGGGUGGCCUGCCUAAGCUUAGGACAGGUGGGUGUCCUGGCUUUCCCAUCUCUGAACUCAGGUGACCUGGAGUGCCAGGAUGCUUGACAGGUAGGGCACAGCCCCCGUCCGGAGGACCAGGGAGUCCUACAUUCAGAGCUAGCACGAGAUAGCUGACACUGGCUUGCACUCUCUCAUUUAGAGCACUUAAAAUAGACGUUAAAAGGGGGUUUUAAAAACUGUCUCUUUCAACUGACACUUUUGUUUGGGGUAGUUUGACCCUUGUGAACAAUAAACACUUAACCUGCGCAUGCA